AUGGCCGACCCUUCACCACCCUUUUCUUCUUCUCCUUCUCUCAAUGCUCUCUCUUCUUCUAAUCUUAAACACAACCUACCUAUUGUCCUUGACAUGGAAAACGUGCAAUAUGCUACAUGGGCGGAGCUUUUCAAAAUUCACGCAUGUUCUCAUAGGGUCAUUGACCAUAUUAUUCCCCCGUCGACCAUCAUACCUCCUUCUACCGAUGCUGCCAAGGAGGAAUGGAUCACCAUUGAUGCGACGGCGUGGGAACGGCUUCGGGAUAUUUUUCAAGACAACAAAUCUUCCCGUGCUGUAACUCUGGAACAGGAUUUCUCCAACACGGCUAUGGAGGAUUUUUCUAAUGCUUCGGCAUAUUGCCAACGUUUGAAAAUGUUGGCCGACCAACUCAAAAAUGUUGGUGCUCCUGUCUCUAAUAAUCUUCUUGUUCUACAGACGGUUGCGGGACUUACGGAGGCGUACAGUGGUCUUGGUGCUUUACUCCGUCAAAGUGAUCCUUUUCCUCAAUUUUAUGAGGCACGUUCCAUGCUUGUUCUCGAGGAACCAGGUUUGGCCAAAAAGGUGGCCACGGGUUCGUAUGUCAUGGUGGCAUCCCACCAUGAUUCUUCGUCAAAUGAACCACCUCCUCAUGCUCGAAUUCAAAACAGUGGCUGA